UUAAUAAUAAACACAUUCUUUCAUCUUUGAAAAUCAAACAAUACACGUUUUCUCAUCCCUACCAUGGAAUAAAGAAAGAUCCCUAUAUAAAUAUAAGAAAGUUCUAAUAAAAACAUUUGCUGUUUUACACAAAAAAUAAGAUAUGGGGAGUUUCCCUGCUUUGAUCAUCAUCCUCGCUUCGUCUCUUCUCACUGUCCUCGAAGUUGUUAAUGGUGCCAAAUGUUACGGAAGCUCCAACAGCAACAGCAGCUACGCUCGGAAUCGCGACAAUCUCUUCUCUACUCUUGCUAAUAAUGUUGUCACUAACGGCGGAGUCUACAACUCUUCUCUCGGCCAAUAUCCUAACAAGGUUUACGUUCUUGGCCUCUGCGCAAGAGGCUACGAGCCAAAACCUUGUAUCAGCUGUGUUGAAAAAUUAACUCUGGAAACACAAACGGGUUGUGGAAGCAUCAUGGAGUCGUUCAUAUGGGACAGUGACGAUGGAGACCGCGUUUCUUGUCUUGUACGUUCCUCAAACCACUCUUUUGGGAACCUCGAGCUUGAACCUCCUGUAAUAGGGCCAAGUCCAAAUCAUUUCGCCCAAUCUGUAAACAUGACCCUUUUCAUGCAACAGUGGGAAUACACGGUUAAUAACACCCUCGUGGCUGCCACAAAAGCUGAUACUUCCUCGAUGCACAAGUACUAUAGUGCCGUACACGCCCAGUUCACAGAAUUUCCAAAUGUUUACAUGAUGAUGCAAUGCACACCCGACAUAACUUCUCAAGAUUGCAAACAAUGUUUAGAAGAUAGUGUGAAAUACUUUAGAGAACAGUUUCGCGGAAAAACAGGGGGCAUGGCUAGUUUUCCGAGCUGUUUAUUCAGAUGGGAUCUAUAUUCUUUCUAUGGUGCUUUUGGUAAUGUUACAAGAGUUCCUGCACUUCCUCUACUUCAGGCUCCGAAAAAGGGAAGCUCUGUACCAGAAAAGAAAGGAAGAAGCAUGCAUAGGGGAAUUAUCACGAUAAUUGUGGUUUUUACUUUCAUUAAUCUUUUGAUAUCUAUUGGUUUCUACAAAGCAAAAGACCGGAGGAGAAAAUUAAAUAACGGAAUAAAUGGUUGCACUUUAGAAUACUCAGAUUCGGAUGGCCAUUUUAUGUUAAGGUUUGAUCUUAGUAUGAUCAUAUUGGCAACGGCUGACUUUUCGCCUGAAAAUAAGCUUGGCCAAGGUGGAUUUGGUACGGUUUAUAAGGGGAUAUUGCUAAACGGGAAAGAGAUAGCUGUGAAGAGAUUAACCAGAGGUUCAGAAGGAGGUGUGGAGUUUAAGAAUGAGGUUUCACUCUUGACAAGACUCCAGCAUAAGAAUCUGGUUAAGCUUCUUGGUUUCUGUAAUGAAGGAGAUGAGGAGAUUCUUGUCUACGAGUUUGUCCCUAACUCAAGUCUUGACCGCUUUAUCUUCGAUGAAGAGAAGCGUGAGCUUCUUACAUGGGAAGUGAGGUUUAAAAUUAUAGAAGGAAUUGCUCGAGGUCUUGUUUAUCUCCAUGAAGAUUCUCAGCUGAAGAUUAUUCACCGAGACUUGAAGGCAAGCAACAUCCUUUUAGAUGCAGAGAUGAACCCUAAGGUUGCAGAUUUUGGGACAGCGAGACUGUUUGACACCGAUGAGACUCGAGCUGAAACUCAACGAAUAGCUGGAACCCGUGGAUAUAUGGCUCCUGAAUACCUGAAUCAUGGGCAAAUCUCAGCUAAAUGUGAUGUAUAUAGCUUCGGUGUGGUGCUUCUAGAGAUGAUAAGUGGUCGAAGAAAUAAUAGCUUUGUGGGAGAAGGAAUUGUAGCUUUUUCAUGGAAGAGAUGGGUUGAAGGAAAGCCUGAGAUCAUAAUUGAUCCUUUAUUGGUAAAGAAACCGAGUAGCGAGAUCAUUAAGCUGAUCCAGACUGGUCUGUUGUGUGCUCAACAAAACCCAACAAAGAGACCAACCAUGAGCACUGUAAUACUUUGGCUUGGCAGUGAGACCAUCACCAUUCCUUUACCUAAGGCUCCUGCUUUCACAGCGAGUCGUUCCCAAUCUGAAGAUGGUACUACGUCAAUGAGCAAUGUCUUGACGGAGUUGAGUUGUCGUUGAGUUGUCGUUGAGUUGCAAAUUGUUAAUUUAUAUGUCGUUUUUAACGUAGUACCUAAAGUUCUAAUUGUAUUGAACUGAGAAAGAGUAGCAAAAGUAUAAAUAGAUGCAAUCCUAAGUUCUAGAAACCUCUACAAAGAAAAGAUUGCAAUGGCAGAAGCUGAACAGGGAUUUUUGGUCGUUGUUUUGCAACAAUGCAGUGGUUGAUCAUGGUCAGCCGGCUUCGUGAAGUUUCACGUAUCAACAAGUUCUAACAUGUGGAUCUGUUUUUUCUUCUUAUCGUUAUGUUUCGUAGAAUCCAACUCAUGAGAUAAUCAAUAUAAGAAAAUAUAUAUA